UUUAAUUUAAAACAUAUUCCCAUUUUCAGCUUAUUAGUCGUUUUAGAAGUUAAAUCAGUUGGAAAAAAGUCUAUAUAUUUGUCAUACUGUUAUAUAGGAUAGGAACGUUUGAUUCCACGCUGAGUUUCUGCUCGGUCAGAAGUUCUGCGAACACUCCACGGUCACAUUGGAUUUAGUGACUGAAGUCGGUGAAGAUUUAAGAUACAUGUGACGCAGUAAAAUGUAAUUAUGUACUCCAAGAAAUUGGCACGAUUAGCUUUUGGGCUGUUGGCAGAAUCUGCGUUUAAAUGCCCGUUAACCCGAAGCGUGUCCUCCAGAGGGAAAGCAGUGCGGUCUCUGUGCAGCUGGACGGUAUGUCUGCAUCACCGACAGAAGAAUCUGCUGUCAAACGGAUUGACCCGUCUAAAUGUCCGCCCGGUUUCCCAGACUACUCUCGACCCCGCCGAGGUGCGGAAGUUUCAGGCCAUGGCGAGCAAGUGGUGGGAUUUACAAGGGGAGUUUGCAGCCCUGCACUCCAUGAAUGACCUGAGAGUGCCUUUCAUACGGGAUAAUUUGUUGAAUGUGCACGGCGUGCAGCAGUUGGGCAAACCUCUGGCUGGACUCAGAAUCCUGGACGUCGGCUGUGGUGGAGGUGUGCUGAGCGAGCCAUUAGGGAGGUUAGGAGCUGACAUCCUGGGAAUUGACCCAGUGGAGGACAGUGUGCGGACCGCAGAGCUGCACUCCUCCUAUGAUCCUGAUUUACGGGAGAGAGUUCGCUAUCAGGCCUGCACCCUGGAGGAACUCGCUGAGGAGGAAGUAGAGGGAUUUGAUGCUGUAGUGGCAUCUGAGGUGGUGGAACAUCUGGCUGACCUGGACGCCUUUGCCAGCUGUUGCCAGCAGGUGUUGAAGCCUGGUGGCUCUCUUUUCAUCACCACUCUUAACAAAACCACCUUGUCCUACGUUUUUGGGAUUGUGGCAGCGGAGCAGCUGUUAAGGAUUGUUCCGAGUGGAACUCAUGACUGGGAGAAGUUCAUCGGCCCAGAGGAUCUGGAACGACUUCUGGAGUCUUUUGGUUUCUACGUGGAGGCUAUCAGAGGCAUGAUGUACAAUCCUCUCACAGGAGCGUGGAGCUGGCAGCAGAGCACGGCCAUCAACUAUGCGUUGCAUGCAAUCAAACGCAAAGAAGAACCCCAGCCUGACCGGGUCUGGGCUAAGAGUGAGAAUUUGGAUGAACCAGGUCGAGCCACAAGUUACAGCUGAGCUAUUAUAAUGUGGAAAUGCUAUCAAACAGACUUCACCUGCUCAAAAAUAGAUAAAUAAGCCACACUCGAGAUGUCAAAAUAUGUUGCAUAGUGAAGAAUUGCUGAACCAGUAAUAAUCAUUCUUUGCAUUGUGUUCCUUUAUAAAACAGUUUUUAUCAGAGGCAUGAUUCAUAGAACAUCCGUUGUAAAGCUCUUGUUCACAUGCCACAUGUAAUUUCAAAGAUUCUUUGAUAUAUCUUAACAACCAUUUAGUUGCGUGUUUUGUGUUGGUGAUCUUUAGUUGGUUCAUGUCAGAGGCCAAACAGACAAAGAGAGUUAUAUAAUGAUUUGUGACUUAGCACUUAAAAAGUGUAGGUGCUUAAUAAAAUGAAAUCAAUUGUG